AUGAACCUUGCCGUACUGCUUACACUAGCCUCACGUGUUAUCCAGACUCGGAGUGUUGCUCUUCAUCACCUCACCAGACCAAACUUGAAUAACCCGAUUGAAGAAUACACUGUAUACAUAUCACUGUUUUUUCAUUGUCUCUAUCUUGUUUCUAUCUUGCCCUCAAGACGCCGAGAAGAUGUCCCUGGUCAGUCAUUUCUUAUCAACUAUGACCCGUCAGAAACUGAACCACUUAUUUCUGAACAUGUGCAAACUUAUGGUGGUGUUCAAGUUGACCAUACCCAAGUUGAGAUUGCUGAAGAUGGCUCCAGCUGCUUGUCGAAGCUUUCAUUUUAUUGGGCUCAACCAAUGUUGAGCCGAGGUACCAAGGGAAAAAUUGAUUCAGUGUUAGAUCUUCAUUUUCUCCCUCGAAGACUUCGCACAUGCACAAUUGACCAAACAUUCAACAAUACCCUAACAGAGUGUUUAUUGAGCCACCAAAGGUCUCAAGGCCUGACUGAUCCUUUCUGGGCUAAUAGCGAAGAAUCUUUCUCAAAUACUGAAGCAGUUCCACCAGUUGGUAUACGAGAUAGGUCUACCCAGUCUUUCUCUAAGAAUGCCUUGCUAAAAUCUCUCUAUAAAGAAUAUGGAGUAGCAUUCACACUACUCCUCAUUCCUAUCAACCGAUGGUUAGCACUCAAGAUAUGUGAUCUCAGUCAGCUGAACAUGUCUCAGAAAGACAUUCGUGUUAAGAUGAUGAAUGAAAUUUUAUAUGGUGUAAGAGUUGUGAAAUUUUAUGCCUGGGAAAGUUAUUUUCAUGGCAAAAUUAACCAUUUGCGAGAUGAAGAGCUUAACAGUUUAAAAAUCCGAAAGUAUCUUGAUGCUGCCUGUGCCUACUUCUGGGCUACCACACCUGUUCUUAUUGCCUUUCUUACCUUUAUUACAUAUACUAUGCUUGGCAAUCAACUUACAGCUGGAAAAGUUUUUACAUCAUUGUCACUGUUUGUGAUGCUUAUUGCUCCUCUGAAUGCCUUUCCUUGGGUGGUAAAUGGAGUGAUGGAAGCCUGGGUCUCACUGAAGAGGGUACAAAAAUUCAUCUAUCUUGGCAACAUUGACUAUGACCAAUAUUAUUUGACCUACAAAUCAGAGGCACCCAACUCAGAAGAUUGUCUCAGUAUCAGUGAGGGAACCUUUACUUGGAACAACUUUACAACACGAGAUGAAAAUUCAGAUGCUGAUGCUGAUGUUGAAGAAUCAGAAGUACCCAGAACAAUGAAACUUAUUGAUAUCAAUUUGAAUAUCCGAAAGGGUAUGUUUGUUGGUGUAAUUGGAAAAGUGGGAUCUGGCAAAAGCUCCUUGCUAUCUGCUAUUCUUGGAGAAAUGUCUAAAAGCCAAGGACAUAUCCAAGUGACCAGCAGCUUGUGCAAUAAUGGCUUUGCCCUGGCACCUCAGAACCCCUGGAUUCAGCACGAUACCAUCAUGGCUAACAUCAUGUUUGGUCAACCAUUUAAUCUGAAAAAGUAUGAAAUGGUGGUCCUUGCCUGUGCCUUGGAUGUUGACUUUAAGAUUCUACCAUUUGGUGACAAAACAGAAGUAGGAGAAAAUGGCGUCACAUUGAGUGGAGGUCAAAAGGCAAGAAUCUCACUAGCCAGAGCACUCUAUCAGGAAAAAGAUGUCUACCUUCUUGAUGAUUCUUUAUCAGCUGUUGAUGCCCAUGUUGCCCAGCAUCUGUACAAACAGUGCAUCAUAGGAAUCUUAGCUGGUAAGACGAGAAUUCUGUGCACACAUCAUAUUAAGUAUUUACAAGAAGCAGACAUGAUUGUUGUCAUGCAUGAAGGAAGAAUAAUUCAAUCUGGUCCACCCAAUGAAGUUCUCCCAUCAAUUAACUACAGUUAUCUUGGCUCUGCUCCCAAAAAGAAUAAUCAAGAGAGUGAGUCCUGUCUCCCUAAUACAGAAGAAAGUGCUGCAACAACAACUUUAGUUGAUGAAGAGCACAAAGAGUCUGGAGCUGUUAAAUCAGUUGUCUACAAAGCUUACUGGUCAGCUGUUGGCUCUUUGCUCUCCUUCUCAGUCUUGUUAUCAUUGUUUCUUAUGCAAGCCUCAAGAAAUGCCAAUGAUUGGUGGUUAUCUUACUGGGUCAGCCAUUCACAUUAUCCAUCGGACACUAUUGAAUCCUCCCAUAUAUCACACAGUAAUUUAUCUGAGAUCUCUAACAGAUGGUUCCAACCAGACAACAACAACUUACCUUUAACCAAUAUCACUGAUGGGCACGACAAUAUGAAUUUCUAUCUUGGCAUUUAUGGCGGAUUGGCUGCUAUUAAUUCUGUAUUUGCUUUCUUCCGUGCAUUUUUAUUUGCUUAUGGAGGUUUAAAAGCUGCCAAAGUUAUUCAUAAUGAUCUUCUGAAAACAAUACUUAAGGCUCCAAUCAAUUUCUUUGAUACCACUCCUAUUGGACGGAUUAUCAAUCGGUUCUCAUCUGAUAUUUUUACCAUUGAUGACAGUCUGCCUUUCCAACUCAACUUACUAUUGGCCAAUGUGUACAGUCUACUUGGUACUCUAGUUAUUAUAUGCUAUGGUUCACCCUGGUUUUGUGUGCUUCUUGUCCCUCUUGGUUUUUUAUAUCACUUCAUCCAGCAAUAUUACCGACACACAUCUCGAGAGAUCAAACGUAUUUCAAGUAUAACCCAAUCCCAUAUUUAUGCACACUUCUCAGAAUCACUGACAGGAUUAUCAACCAUUAGAGCAUUCCGUGAAGGAUUCAGAUUCCAAGAAGAAAAUCUUUGCAAAUUGGAUGACAAUCAACGAGCUAUGUUUGCUGGCCUGACUGCUUCCUGUUGGUUGGACUUUCGACUGCAGAUUAUUGGUGUGGCUAUGGUUUCAGGUGUAGCUAUUAUUGCUGUUCUUGAACACCAUUUCCAGACCGCAAAUGCAGUUUUGGUUGGAUUGGCACUCACAUAUGCUCUGUCAAUCACAAAACUCCUCAAUGGAGUUGUCCUUUUCUUCACAGAAACAGAAAAAAUGAUGGUCAGUGUGGAAAGAGCUUAUCAGUAUAUUGAUAAAGUACCUCAGGAACGAGAGAUUGGCCUUAAUAUGCCGGCUUCUUCAUGGCCGCAGCAGGGUUGUAUCACUUUCAGACGUGUCCACUUGCAAUAUCGACCUGGCCAUGCAUAUGCCCUUAAUGAUGUAUCUUUUGAGACUCGAGCUGCUGAAAAAAUUGGUAUUGUUGGUCGGACUGGAUCUGGAAAAUCAUCCCUGUUCCUGGCCAUUUUCCAAAUGGUUGAACUGAAAAAGGGAGAAAUUCUUAUUGAUGGAAUUAAUGUGGCAAGUGUUGAUUUGGACAUUCUAAGGUCACGGUUAGCUAUAAUCCCUCAAGAUCCAUUUCUAUUUAGCGGCUCAAUACGUGAAAAUCUAGAUCCUUGCGGCAUGUGUGACCAGGAUCACGAACUUUGGUUGGCAUUGGAACGUUGUCAUUUACGAGAUGUAAUCGAGAAACUUGGUGGUCUUGAUGCUCAAGUGUUGGAACAAGGCAAAAAUUUUUCUGUUGGUCAACGACAAUUGAUGUGUUUAGCCAGAGCUUUGCUGACAAAAGCCAAGAUUCUGUGCAUUGAUGAAGCCACUGCAAGUAUUGACCAUCAAACAGACCAACUCAUACAGCAAACAAUUCGGACAGAAUUUGCAAACAGCACUGUGAUGACCAUUGCACACAGAAUCAACACAAUAAUGGAUAGUGACAGCAUUUUAGUCAUGGACAAUGGUCAAAUAGCUGAGUUUGCACCUCCAAACACUCUCCUUAAGGAUCCUGAGUCUCUCUUCUACAAACUUGUUUAUUCAGACCGGUAG